GCUGCUCUUCCUGAGAAGAAUGAAGCAGGAGGAGCUGGCCGACUGUCUGCGGAGCAAGACUUCGGCUUUUUGCCAGCGUAAACUCAAAUCUAAUCUGCAGGAGAAGUUCCAGUGUGUGUUUGAGGGGGUUGCUAAAGCAGGAAACCCAACCCUUCUGAAUCAGAUCUACACAGAGCUCUACAUCACAGAGGGAGGGACCGGAGGGGUCAAUGAUGAACAUGAGGUCAGACAGAUUGAAACCGCAUCCAGGAAACCAGCCAGACCAGAUACAACUAUCAGACAGGAAGACGUCUUUAAAGCCUCACCUGGAAGAGAUGAACCAAUCAGAACAGUGGUGACGAAGGGAGUGGCCGGCAUUGGGAAAACAGUCUUAACACAGAAGUUCACUCUGGACUGGGCUGAAGACAAAGCCAACCAAGACAUACAGUUCACAUUUCCGUUCACCUUCAGAGAGCUGAAUGUGCUGAAAGAGAAAAAGUUCAGCUUGGUGGAACUGGUUCAUCACUUCUUCACUGAAACCAAAGAAGCAGGAAUCUGCAGGUUUGACGAGUUCCAGGUUGUGUUCAUCUUUGACGGUCUGGACGAGUGUCGACUUCCUCUGGACUUCCACAACACUGAGAUCCUGACUGAUGUCACAAAGUCCACAUCAGUGGACGUGCUGCUGACGAACCUCAUCAGGGGGAAUCUGCUUCCCUCUGCUCGCCUCUGGAUAACCACACGACCUGCAGCAGCCAAUCAGAUCCCUCCUGAGUGUGUCGACAUGGUGACAGAGGUCAGAGGGUUCACUGACCCACAGAAGGAGGAGUACUUCAGGAAGAGAUUCAGAGAUGAGGAGCAGGCCAGCAGGAUCAUCUCCCACAUCAAGACAUCACGAAGCCUCCACAUCAUGUGCCACAUCCCAGUCUUCUGCUGGAUCACCGCUACAGUUCUGGAGGAUGUGUUGAAAACCAGGCAGGGAGGAGAGCUGCCCAAGACCCUGACUGAGAUGUACAUCCACUUCCUGGUGGUUCAGUCCAAACUGAAGAAGGUCAAGUAUGAUGGAGGAGCUGAGACAGAUCCACACUGGAGUCCAGAGAGCAGGAAGAUGAUUGAGUCUCUGGGAAAACUGGCUUUUGAGCAGCUGCAGAAAGGAAACCUGAUCUUCUACGAACCAGACCUGACAGAGUGUGGCAUCAAUAUCAGAGAAGCCUCAGUUUACUCAGGAGUGUUCACACAGAUCUUUAAAGAGGAGAGAGGGCUGUACCAGGACAAGGUCUUCUGCUUCGUCCAUCUGAGUGUUCAGGAGUUUCUGGCAGCUCUUUAUGUCCAUCUAAUAUUCUUCGGCUCCGGGAAUGAUCUCCUGAGAGUGGAGCAAUCAACCUGCCAGAGGUCUACAACAACAACAGCCUACAAAUCAACAAUAAAACGUUUCUACCAGACUGCUGUGGACAAGGCCGUAAAGAGUCCAAAUGGACAUCUGGACCUGUUCCUGCGCUUCUUCCUAGGCCUUUCGCUACAGACCAAUCAGGAUCUCCUACGAGGCCUGUUCAUUCAGACAGGAAGUUGCUCACCUACCAAUCAGGAAACAGCCCACUACAUCAAGAUGAAAAUCAGGGAGACCCUGUCUAGAUAAAGCAUCAAUCUGUUCCACUGUCUGAAUGAGCUGAAUGACCACUCUCUAGAGGAGGAGAUUCAACAGUGCAUGAGUUCAGGAAGUCUCUCCACAGGUAAACUGUCUCCUGCUCAGUGGUCAGCUCUGGUCUUCAUCUUACUCUCAUCAGAAAAAGAUCUGGCCCUGUUUGACCUGAAGAAAUACUCUGCUUCAGAGGAGGCUCUUCUGAGGCCGUUGCCAGUGGUCAAAGCCUCCAACAAAUCUCUGUUGAGCGUCUGUAACCUCUCAGAGAAAAGCUGUGAGGCUCUGGCUUCAGUUCUCAGCUCCCAGUCCUCUAGUCUGAGAGAGCUAGACCUGGGUAACAACAACCUGCAGGAUUCAGGAAUGAAGAUAUUGUCUGCUGGACUGGAGAGUCCACACUGUAGACUGGAAACUCUCAGGCUCAGCGUCUGUAACCUCUCAGAGAAAAGCUGUGAAGCUAUGUCCUCAGUUCUCAGCUCCCAGUCCUCUAGUCUGAGAGAGCUGGACCUGGGUAACAACAACCUGCAGGAUUCAGGAGUGAAGAUGCUGUCUACUGGACUGGAGAGUCCACGCUGUAAACUGGAGACUCUCAGGCUGUCAGGCUGCCUGAUCACAGAGGAAGGCUGUGCCUCUCUGGCCUCAGCUCUGAGCUCCAACCCCUCCCACCUGAGGGAGCUGGACUUGAGCUACAAUCAUCCAGGAGACUCGGGAGUGAAGCUGCUGUCCGCCGGACUGGAGGAUCCGCACUGGAGACUGGACACUCUUAGGGUGGACCACGGCGGAGUCCAGAGGAUGAUGCCAGGUCUGAGGAAGUAUGCCUGUGAUCUGACGCUGGACCCGAACACAGCACACAAAAAGCUUAAACUGUCCGAAGACCUCAGAAAGGCGACGGUCGUGGCUGAGGACCACAGAUGUGCGGAUUGCCCAGAGAGAUUUAACUGCUGGAUUCAGCUGCUGUGUCAAACUGGUCUGACUGGUCGCUGUUACUGGGAGGUGGAGCGGAGCGGAGAGGCGUACGUGGGGGCGACCUACACAGGAAUCAGACGGAGAGGCCAAAGUGUGGACUGCAGGCUCGGAGGGACUGAUAAGUCCUGGAGUCUUUACUGCUCCGAUGAGAAUUACUUUGUGUGGCACAAUGACCGAAGGACAGCAGUAGGCUCUGACCCUUCCUCCAUGUCUAACAGAGUAGCAGUGUAUGUGGACUGUCCGGCUGGCACCCUGUCUUUCUCCAAAGUCUCCUCUGACUCUCUGAUCCACCUCCACACCUUCUACACCACAUUCACGGAACCCCUCUACCCCGGGUUUAGAUUUCUCUUUGGACAUUUGGGCUGCUCAGUCUCUCUGUCACAGUUAGAGGAGGAAAAGUCCCCUCCUGGAACUGACUGAAAACGGGGAAAUCUUUGGGUUGUCACCACCAGGGGCCCUGGGCACAAAUUCGCCGGGGGCCCGUACCCACGCAUGCUUCGUCACCGGGGCCACCGGACGAGGCCACGUGAUGAAGACACACAAUUCACCGCAUUUUAGUUCUUCUUUGCCCAAUGAAUACCAUGUGCAUC